UAAUUCCUCUUGUACUACAGUAAUAACUCCUUCUCCUCUUCGUCGUCUCCUAAUGGAUGCAAAUUCUCAAAAAGGGGGAAUCACAAAAAAAAUUGACAUUGGCGACGUGUACCGACAAAACAUUAGAAAAAAGGUUCCCACCACUAACUAACUAACUAACUACCUAACUACCUAACUACCUAACUAACUAUACUUCUUUACUACUUCAUUUAAGUCAUUAACUUAGAAUGUCGAGUAUCUAUACAUCUGAUAUGAAGCAUCAUAGAAAGGCACCUCCUCCUCCAUCAACUUUAAGGAGUACAGCAGUUAAUAUAACCCCUCCCACUCAAAAUACAAUUUCAAUUUCAAAUUCAAACUCAACUAUUCCUCCUACAAGUCAAUUAAAUUCAAUUCAUAUUAAUUCAAAUAAAAGACAUUCAGGUUGGGUUCAUAUUAAAGAUGAUGGAAUCUUUACAUCAUUCCGAUGGAAUAAACGGUAUAUGAUAAUUAAUGAUAAGACACUUAAUUUUUAUAAAAAUGAACAAUCAUUAGCACUCACCUCUGGAUCUUCAUUAUCAUUAAAUUCCAAUUCUACUUCCAAUUCUAAUUCAAAUUCAAAUUCUUCAAAUAGUAAUGAACUUCCGGAAUUAUCAAUUCCUUUAAAUUUACUUAGUGCUAUUAAUUUAAAACCAAAUUAUGGUUAUACUAAGACAAGUCAAUCAUUUGAAUUACUUCCAAAGAAUAAUGGUAAGGCAAUCUUAGUAUCAAUUAAAAACAAUAAUGAUUAUUUGGAUUGGUUAGAUGUUUUCACCGCAAAAUGUCCUCUAGUCCAAAUUGGUCAACCUUCAACUAGUUCAAAUAAUACAUCUUUAACAAAUUCAUCAUCAAAUAAUAAUUCAUCAACAUCUGGUGUAUCAAAUCCAAUAAAUUUUACUCAUAAAGUUCAUGUUGGUUUUGAUCCUGCUAGUGGGAAUUUCACUGGAUUACCAGAUACUUGGAAGAAUUUAUUACAACAUUCAAAGAUUACUAAUGAAGAUUGGAAAAAGGAUCCUGUAGCAGUUAUUGAAGUAUUGGAAUUUUAUUCUGAUAUUAAUGGAGCUUCGGCCAAUUCAACUCCAAUGAAUUCUCCUGCUGUUAAUAAUAUUAAUCAUCAAACUUUUUCAAGUGAUAAUAAAAUUCAACAAUGGACAAAAGCUCCAACUGCUUCUAAAUCUUCUUUAGAUAAUUUUAAACCAUCAAGAGCGGCUCCAAAACCUCCAAUUCCUUAUCAUAUUUCUAAAGAUUCUAAUGGAAAUGAUUCUUCUUCAGCUCCAACUAAUAAUUAUUCUCCAUUAAAUGCAUUAAUGAAUAAAUCAGAUAAUUUAGUUCCUGCUAGAAGAGCUCCACCCCCUCCAAAUUCAAAUACUUCUUCAUCAUCAUCAUCUCUUCAACCUAGUCAAUCUAAAACCACUGGUUAUUCAUUUAAUGCAACUGGUCCACAAACAUCAUUACCAUCUUCGUCAUCGAAUAUACCUACCGGUUUAGGUAUAACUAGCAUUCCAAAACAAGUACCUCCAACUUUACCAUCUUCUAUUGAUGUAAAGAUUCAACCGGGAACUAAUAAUAAUUAUUCAAAUGGUAUAAGUACAACUAAAUAUCCAACACCUCCAACAAGUUCUACUGGUAAUUAUAUUAAACCAUUUGCAUUGAAAUCCUCAAGCACAGCCAAUAAACAACCAGAAUUACUUAAAAAAGUUGUGGCAGCCAAUAAUGGAAUUAAACCAAUUACAGAUUCAUAUCAAACACAAGUUCAAAAGCCUUUACAACAUCAUCAAAUCAGUCAUCAACGUAAACCAUCUACUGAUGAAGGUUAUGAUGAACCAAUUAAACCAUUACAACCAAGACCUAAGGAUCAAUCUAGUAGUUCCAAUAAUCAAUUAUCAGGUCAAGGACAUAUUAAGACUCCUAAACAAAUUAAGAAAGAACGUGAAAAGCUUAAUGAUAUGCAAAUUAUAGCUAAAUUGAAAACUGUAGUUAAUAAUAAUAAUCCUACACCAUUAUUUAAGAUUAUUGAAAAAGCAGGUCAAGGUGCUAGUGGAGCAGUUUAUUUAGCACUUCUGAUUAAAGAGAAUAAUAAAAAAGUAGCCAUUAAACAAAUGGACUUAAAUGUUCAACCUAGAAAGGAAUUAAUUAUUAAUGAAAUAUUGGUUAUGAAAGAUUCUCAACAUAAGAAUAUUGUUAACUUUUUAGAUGCUUAUUUAAAGAGUCCAACCGAUUUAUGGGUUAUUAUGGAAUAUAUGGAAGGAGGUUCAUUAACUGAGAUUAUUGAAAAUAAUGAAUUUAAAUUAACUGAAAGACAAAUUUCUACCAUUUGUUUUGAAACAUUAAAAGGGUUACAACAUUUACAUAAGAAACAUAUUAUACAUAGAGAUAUUAAAUCCGAUAAUGUUUUAUUAGAUGCAUUAGGUAAUGUUAAAAUUACUGAUUUUGGAUUCUGUGCUAAACUUACUGAUCAAAGAAAUAAGAGAGCUACAAUGGUUGGAACUCCUUAUUGGAUGGCUCCUGAAGUUGUUAAACAAAAGGAAUAUGAUGCUAAAGUUGAUGUUUGGUCAUUAGGUAUUAUGACCAUUGAAAUGAUUGAAGGUGAACCACCAUAUUUAAAUGAAGAACCAUUAAAGGCACUUUAUUUAAUUGCAACUAAUGGUACACCAAAAUUAAAGAAACCGGAAACAUUAUCCAAUAGCAUAAAGAAAUUCUUAUCAAUCUGUUUAUGUGUAGAUGUAAGAUACAGAGCUACAACCGAUGAAUUAUUAGAACAUUCAUUUAUUCAACAUAAAUCAGGUAAAAUUGAAGAAUUGGCCCCCUUAUUGGAAUGGAAAAAGAAUAGUUCAUUACAUAGUGAAUCCAUUGCAUUAGAGUGAGAAAUUUAUAGGUUUAAUUAUUUUAUAUACAUAUACAUAUACAUAUUAGAGUGGU